AUGGGCGCUAACGCCAGCCAUGGUAGAGACAACGAGUCUCUAAUGGACAAAUUAGUUACAGCGGGUUAUACUCUUCCAUCCGAGGUGGAGAGAGCAAUGCGUUUGGUUGAUCGCGGAAGUUAUUUUGAGGAGAAAAGUGCUCGUGCUUACGUGGAUCUAGCUUGGCGUUCUGGUUCACUUCAUUUAUCCGCACCCAGUAUCUAUAUGACCGCUCUCGAUAAUUUGGACUUGCAACCCGGAUUGCAUUUUCUCAAUGUUGGGAGUGGCUCCGGAUACUUUAGCACUAUCAUUGGACUUAUUUUGGUUGACUCUAGUUGUUUUCUGUGUUUUCCUUUGAGUCAGAGACAUCACGCUCAUAUUAGUUGGGAUGCACACAUGAGUUCCCAUUAA